CGGAGAAAAUUCAGGCGGAAGUCUUGUCAAAAGCAAUCCAUAACAAUCUAUUUUGACGAAUGUGGGAAGCGUAAUACAGAAGGAAUUGGAUUUGGUAUCGUCGGAUCGCAAAAUUUGGAGUCCGAAUACGCAGAAUUCCCAUGGGUGGUGGCCAUAUCUGUCGAAACCUUCGAUUUGUCUGGCGAAACUGAAAGGAAAUAUGUUUGUGGAGGAUCCCUAGUGAAGCCGAACGUUGUGCUCACUGCGGCGCAUUGUAUUGUCAAUCGCACAGCUGAAACAAUCUACGUCAGAGCCGGUGAAUGGGAUUCCCAAACAACCAAUGAGCUGUUUCCCCAUCAGGACCGCGGAGUAUCUAAUGUGGUUAUACAUGAGCACUACAAUCAAGCCUUCCAGUUCAACAAUAUUGCGCUGCUGUUCCUAGAAUCGUCAUUCCAAACUGCUGAAAAUAUUCAAACGAUUUGUUUACCACCCCAAGGUACCGUAUUUUCAGACGAAAAUUGUGUUGCAACCGGAUGGGGAAAGGAGAACUUCAACUCCAACAACUAUCAGGCCAUAUUGAAAAAGAUAGAAUUGCCAAUCGUGGCACACGGAACCUGCCAGAAGGCUCUUAGGACGACGAGGCUUGGAAGUCGAUUUUCUUUGCACAAUUCGUUCCUAUGUGCGGGUGGUAAGGCUGGUCUUGACACCUGCACUGGUGAUGGAGGAUCUCCUCUGGUUUGCCCGAUUCCUGAUCAACCGAAUCGAUACUAUCAGGCGGGCAUCGUCGCUUGGGGAGUCGGAUGCGGUAUGGAAGAUAUUCCAGGAGUUUACACCCGUAGCAGUUUGUACACUGAUUGGAUUAACGAUAAAAUUGAAACUCAAGUAACAGCUGAAGAGUUGGGAUUUUACAAGUGAGAAGUUCAAAUAUUAAUAAACU